AUGGACCAGCUCAAACACCGCCUCUUCGGCCAACCUGAUCCACCCACCACCUCCCUCCUGAUCACCAAACUUCAACGCUUGGCAGAAUCCAUCUACACCAACCCACUCAAUCUCCUCCUUCUCCUCGCUCUACUCUACAUCCUCAUCCCACUCAUCCGACCCUCAUCUCCAACAUCAUCACGCUGGACCCCGACCCCCGCCGAAGCACGCUCGCAUCUCUCCGCCCCCUCCAAUAGAUACACCUACCUCCCGUCCCAACAUCCAGACACGGUCGAAUGGACCAAAUACAUCCCCCGCACACUUGCGGUCUUCGACGGAACCGGUAACUCUUCCGACUCUGAUGGAUCGCGGAUCUUGCUAGCGAUCAAUAGGAAAGUGUUCGACGUGACAAAGGGCAAGACCUUUUACGGUCCAGGUGGACCUUAUGGUAACUUUGCAGGAAGAGAUGCGAGUAGAGGAAUGGCAAAACAGAGUUUCGAUAUGGAGAUGUUAACACCUUUAGAUCAGCCGAUUGACAAGUUGGAGGAUUUGACCCCGAGCGAAUUCAAAAACAUGAAAGAGUGGGAAGCUCACUUUACAGGCAAAUAUGGUAUUGUUGGCGAGCUUAUUGAUGAAGACCAGGCCUGA